UGUUCACCAUGGCGACGGCAGGUGCCCAGCGGCGCUUCUGCCGUUGCGCUUGCUUCUGCUCUGAGAACUUGUACGUGGCGCGCUACGGGCUGCAUUUGCGUUUCCGGAGCGAGCAGCAGCUGCGCCAGGACUACGGCCCUAUCCUGCGCAGCCGAGGCUGCGUCAGCCCUAAGGACUUCCAGCAGCUGUUGGAAGAGCUUGAGCAGGAGGUGCAGCGGCGGCAGCGGCUGGGGCAGGAGUCGGCUGCCAGGAAAGCCCUCAUCGCCAGCUCCUACCGGCCGGCACGGCCCGAGAUCUACAGCCCACUGCAGGAUGUGGCUCUGGCCCCCGAGUUUCUGGCCGCGGCCGAGUACAGCGCACUGCCCGGAGCAAACCUCGAGGGCCUCCUGCAGCGGCUGGAGACGGUGUCGGAGGAGAAGCGGAUCUACCGGCUCCCAGUGUUCACGGCGCCGUUCUGCCGGGCCCUGCUGGAGGAGCUGGAGCACUUCGAGCGCUCGGACCUGCCGAAGGGGCGGCCCAACACCAUGAACAACUAUGGGGUGCUGCUGCAUGAGCUGGGCCUGGAUGAGCCGCUGGUGACACCGCUGCGGGAGCGCUUCCUCCAGCCGCUGAUGGCCCUGCUGUACCCAGACUGUGGCGGGGGCUGGCUUGACAGCCACAGAGCCUUUGUGGUCAAGUACGCGCCAGGCCAGGACCGAGAGCUGGGCUGCCACUAUGACAAUGCCGAGCUGACCAUCAACGUGGCCCUGGGCAAGGCCUUCACGGGGGGCGCCCUGUACUUUGGGGACCUCUUCCAGGCGCCGUCGGCUCUGGCCAAGCCCCUGGAGGUGGAGCACGUGGUGGGCCAGGGCAUCCUGCACCGCGGCGGCCAGCUACACGGCGCCCGGCCCCUGGGCACCGGCGAGCGGUGGAACCUCGUCGUCUGGCUCCGGGCCUCCGCUGUGCGCAACCGCCUCUGCCCCAUGUGCUGCCGCAAGCCCGACCUGGUGGAUGACGAGGGCUUCGGUGACGGCUUCACCCGGGAGGAGCCCGCCGCGGUGGACGUGUGCGCGCUGACUUGAGCCUGGCGGGGGGUAGCAUGACAGCAGAGGGCUCUGCAGAGGGCAGAGAUCAACUCCCUGCAGCCCUCAGCACUUCUUGGUUCAAAAGGAUGAGCCGGCUUUGGGUCAUUCUUUCAGCAGACGGGCUGGCUUAGGUCAGGUUUGUCAGAAGCAGAACCUGAGGUGGGGAUUCCUGUUUACCAAGGGAAUACCCUCAGGAGAAGGGAGGCUGGGCAGCGGGACAGGGCAGGAGGGAGCUGGGCCAGGGUGUCUGAACUCAGGCUGGGCCCAUGCAGCUGGGGGCACCAGUCUGCCCAUGCGCCCCAGCGUCAGUUACGGCUGCAGGGAGUGUCAGGAGGGGGCACCGCAGGAGCGUGUGUAACUUCCCAGACAUCCAUCUCCAGGACAAGUGGCUCCCAGUGGCCGAGGGAAUCUUCCAGAGAAAUGCACAGGCGUGAGCUGUCAGCACCGGACACCACAGCUGGGGGUGAGUGUCCCCGUCUGUAAAGGGGACGUGGGUGGGCCACCAGUCGCAUCU